UGCAGCGCUAAAAAUCCCCGCUGAUAGCACUGUUGAGUGGCCCGUUUCCAGCGGCCCUGGCGCUGUCUUGCCGUCCCGCCAAGUUUGACAGUGCCCUGCCAGUGCCCUGCCAGUGCCCGCACUCGCGCCCAGGCACGGCGCUCCUCUCGAUGCUUUUUUAGUCUCCCCUUCCCCCCGCACCACCUUCGCUUCGUCUUGUUUCUGUUUCUUCACAUUGAUUGUCUGCUUGCUACAAAGAGAACAAAGAGUACUUCUCUUUUCCUUCCUUUCCUUUCCUUCUUCUUUUCAUUCAUUUUUUAUCUAUCCGAGUUGCUGGACACUUACUCUCCUUUCUUGAAACAGCUUGGUUCUGUUUGCCUCGUUCACUCUUCUUACACGCUGUGCUUUGCUCCCACGAACAAACUUGCAACGUACGUUGUCUAGAUUAACACUCGCCUUUUCAACUUUUUUCUUUCUUUCUUUUGGUGCUCUGGUAACACCAUUCAAAACUUCAAACCAAACAAAUUCGAAACGGAAUAUACCGUCACAGCUUGGGCUUCAAGACAUAUCAAUCUUCGCUGUUAGAUACGACUUGCUCUCCAACUUACAAUGAAGUUUUCCACCGUUUCGGCGGUGCUCGCCCUCACAAGCGCAGCAGAGGCUGCCAAGGACAAGCGCACCUUUGCUGUUCUUCGCUUCAACAACAAGCAGCUCACCGUUUCUCGUGCUGACCCUAUCGUCACUCCCGGCAAGGUUUCCACCCACGUCCACCACAUCUUUGGUGGUAGCGGUUUUGGUCUUGGCUCUACUGGUGAGGACCUGAUGAAAUCCAACUGCACUAACGCCAAGGUCAACGGUGACAAGAGCAACUACUGGGUUCCAUCCCUUUACUUCAAGGACCCCAAGACCGGUGACUUCGAGUCUGUCGAGCUCUUCUAUGCCAACGUCUACUACUUCUUUGAACCCACCAACGACGAUAUCAAGGCUUUCCCUGUUGGCUUGUCUAUUCUCAGUGGUGAUGCCAUGAGACGCGACCCUCCUGCUGGAGGCUCUGCUAUGUCUAACCUCGAUCCCUCCAAGGGUCCUGUUAACCCCGCCAAGUACACAUGCCCUCGUACCAGCUUUGACCCUCCAUCAUGGCCCGUCAAAUCCAACGGCUUGCUCGCCGGCAUGGGAGACCCCAACAACAAGGGUGAAGGUGUUGGCUUUCCUGACCAGGCCUGCAACGGAUAUGCUUCUCCUCUGCGCGCUGACAUCCACUUCCCAUCCUGCUACAACCCCAAGGCUGGCUUGACCGACUACAAGAACAACAUGGCCUGGCCUACCGAUAACAAGGGAAAGCUGGAUUGUCCCCAAGGAUAUAUCCAUGUUCCCCACCUCUUCUACGAAGCCUAUUGGAACACUCCCAAGUUUUCCGACCGCUGGACACCAGGCCAGGGAAAGCAGCCCUUUGUUCUAUCCAACGGCGAUGCCACUGGCUACAGCUCUCACGCUGAUUUCAUGUCUGGAUGGGACGAAAAGCUUUUGCAGCACAUCAUCGAUACUUGUGACGCUGGUACUCAGGGUAUGGACAAGUGCCCUGGACUUUUCUACGGCGUCAACAACGACAACUGUGAGAUCCAGUCUCCCGUUGAUGAACAGGUUUCGGGCAUUCUCAAGAAGCUGCCUGGUAACAACCCAGUCUUUGGAUGGCACUAUGGAGGCACUGGAAACGGCACUCAGCCUCAGCCCUCUGGCACUACUGAGCCCAGCUAUGACCCUACAUCUGCUCCCGGCAAUGGCCCUGCCAGCUCCAAGCCUGCUCAGUCUCAAGCUCCCGCUCCGGGAUCAUCCAAGCCAGCUUCUCAAGAGCCUGAAACCGAGGAGUCGAAGCCCACCCAGACUCCUGCCCAAACUCAGAGCAACAGCGGCGCCCAGCCUACCAGCUUGAGCCCUGCCUCUAGUGGUGGUGACUCGUGCGGUCCUAGAAAGACUCACACCGUGUUUGUUACCUACACUGUCACUGGCGAUGUUCCCACGAGCACCGAAGCAGCUUCUGGAAAGGAGAUCAAUGGGUUCAAGUAUGCUGGCUGCUUCAAGGACUCUGAGAAGCGCGUUCUGAGCGGCAAGAUUCGCCCUGAUGUUGGUACCAUGACCAACGAGAAGUGCAUUGAUCGCUGCAAGUCUCUUGGCUUCUCCAUUGCUGGAACAGAGUACGGUGGCCAAUGCUACUGCGGCAACGAAGUUGUCGGUUCUGAGAAGCUUGCCGACUCUGAGUGCAAUCUUGCAUGUGAGGGCAAGGCCGACGACAAGUGCGGUGGUGGCUGGGCUUUGUCUGUCUACAGCACUUCUGGCGAGGUUAGCCUCACCAACGCCAAGGGACGUCGCCAUGCUCAUGACCAUGUUCGCCGCCGCUCCAACAACAAGCGUCAUCACUAGACCAAUUUCAUCGCGAGCUGGAUCUUGGUGGCAACAUCUUGCCCACACUAUCUCUCAUGAUAUGAUCCUGAUUGCUGCACCUUUGCAGUGAUCUAGUCAAAAAAUGCCAGUAUUUAACGACAGUUUUGUUCUUUGAUUGGAUUUUCAUUUUGGAUUCGCUUUUCGAUUCCACUCGUGAGCAUCUACAUGCACACAUAUCUUUUUCUCUUCUCUUCGCCCGAACAGGGUUCUGGGUGUCACCCAUAUUUUGCAAGCAGAUUUUCUUUUCUUCAUAAGGUAGAAUUGUUAGAAAUGACCUUUAGCGCAUUUGUAUAAAUAAAACAACAUUUGAUAGCGCAAAAACCCAAGUUCUCG